AUCAAAAGCAAAGGGGUUCAAAAGUUAGAUUUUCCCUUGGAUAGUUGUUUAUACUAGUAGAUGAAACUUUUGUAGUUUUUAAACCGAAUAAGUACUUAUCGUAUAACUUAAGUAUGAAGCAUAAAAUAAAAACAAUUGCAAGCGAAUAUGGGAUAAUCUUUUAAACAGUUUGAUUUCUUUUAAAAAGUUGUUAAGCAACUUUCCUAUCAAUAUAAAGGCAUCCUUUUUAGCAAAUGAAAUACCAGCAGAAGAAUCAAGUUGCUGAAAUACGAUAAGAAAGUAGCAGGUAUACUGUGAGCAGCAAAAUUCAGAAAUAAAUCAAUAACACCGUCGAUAGCGCCAAGACAGAGGUCAUUGGUUUAAGUCCCACUCAAUACUUCAGUUUUUAUCUAGCUUUACUUAUACUUCUCUUAAUUAAUAAUACCUGUAUUCAGCGUGAAAAAAUUAAUGUUACGCAGUCACGAAAUGUUUAUGCACGAUAUAGCGAAUAUGAGUUUGUACGACGCACAAAUAUUCGUGAAUUUUACACGGGCUAAGGAUUAAGGAGUCAAUAAUACCCACAUUGUGUAUCACGUGAUAUUUUCAGUUCCGCUAAAAAUUAUGUUAAUUCGCCUCAUACCUCUUCGUUUUGUCGUGGAAGAUUUGAUUUGUAUUCCAUGAAACGAUUAUUGCUCAUUAAAAGAAACAUGAAGGGACAUACAAAGUUGUUGCUAUCCUCGCCUGUUCUAAAGUGACUAUAAUUUCGCUAUGAUUUUGGUAGGUGGGAUGAGGGUUGAUACUGCGAGUAUGAGAUAAAUUACUUGUUGUCUCUCAAGAUUUCUAAAUUCUUUUGUAACGAGAUUGUCAACAAUAAAAGUACCUUUUGUUUUUUUGUCUAUUAGCCAAAGAUGGUAGCGGAGUAGCUGUGGGACUCUUAUGUCUUACAGGUCAAAUUUGAUUCAUGGGAAGGAACUAUGGCUUUCAGCAGCCAUAACUUUGAUUAACCAUAUGUACAUGAUGACCUGCGAUCGAAUGGAUAGAUCUUUAAAACUUUUAAUGUUUUCGAUUCAGAAAAUAUAAAUAUGUCUAUAAAUAAUGAACUGUGUUUUACUUCUUUUAAAAACAUAGAGAAAUAUUGAUGUGCAAUGAAUAAAGAAAAAGAAUUUUUUAGAUAUCAAUUCGAGUUCAGUUAAAAUAUUUGCGAAAAAUGAGGAAAAUGCACAACAGCCAUCGUAAACUCAGAAUGGCGACUUGUAAAGCACAUUUUAAAACAUCGCAGGCAGAAAUCAAAAAUUCUAUUUGUAAAAAAUAAUGCCGACUUCAACUUAAACAUUUUCAGUAUAGUUUAAAAUCAAGCUCACAAUUCAUGAGUGAAAUAUCCGCCAACUACUGAAAGAAAAUUAAAUUUUAAAGAAGUAUCUAACACUGACCGACAAUAACUGACCAGCAUCGACCUAACUCUGAAUGCGAAAUCUACAAAGAAACCUACAUUUUACAUAGCGCAAGAUAAACAUAAAGAAAAUAAUUCCUUCUCCGUUAUAGUAAAUUCGUUAAACAAAAAAGCACUUGUUACGCCGAUGCAUUCGCAUAUAUCUGUCUCUAUAUAUUUCGGAAACUGCAAAGAAAGAAUAUUAAAUAAUUACCAUUUCAAAAGAUAAUCCACUCAAAAUUCUCAAACAGGAAACAUUCUAGCUUGAUUAAAAUGUACGUAAGCAUUUUCCUAUUUCUUUUUGGGGCUGCAGACAAUUAUUUUCUGUAUGAGAAAAAGAUAUUUACUUUUGUCAACGGAACGACAAAUAGUUCGACUCCCUUUAAAGUCAUAUCAUCUAUCAACGAGUACAACACGGAGGGUUCAAAAAGAGAUCGAAGAAUUAAAAGGUUGUUGAGGAAACAAGACUCGUUAAAAAUCCCUGGCAAUUUCAAUUAUCCUUCUAAAACACCACCAGCCAAUAAAAGUGGCCAGACUUUCAAAGCAUCGUUCAAUGAUGGUCGAAUAACAUAUGUAGAAGUUCUAGAUGAGUUCAAUUUUGAUGGCAAUAAAGCCACACCUGUUCACAUUUCUACAUCUUGGUACCGACAUAAUCAGGUAGAAAGCAUAAACCAUACACCAGGGAAAUUGACAGAAGCAGUAGAGAAUGGUAACAUACUCAAUGUAACAAUGUCACUCGAAUGGAAACAAUUAUCACAAAAUGAAUCAAACUUACUUAAUGAAGACAAAGAAUGGGAGAUAGACGAAUACUUGUGUUACUAUGAAGGGACGUCUGCUAAAUUGAAUCCAUUUGGAAAAUGCGUGAUACCUUACGUUGACAUUAUAGAACAUUUUUUAAGGCUAUGGAAAGAACAUGCCAUUCCAGAAGCUACAAAUGGACAGAGAUGCUUAGCAACUAAUAACAUUAACAGAGUUUUAGGUCAUCCAUGUGGCGUUAUUAGAGAAAGACAUAUCAAGCAAGUUUGUAAGAACGACACUUGGCAUAAAAUAAAAUACAUACAUCCAAUUGAUCAAUUUCUUCCUGUUGGAGAAAAAGAGUGGUACCAGUUUGAUACGAAACCAACGGCACUUGGAAUAACUUCAAAUAUCUCAUAUGGAUUCAACAGAUUUAAGAAUGCUUACGACAUCAAUUUUACAGUUUUAUUCAGUAACUGGACAUUUGAUUUUCCAAAAGGAUUUUUAUAUAAUUACCGAGACCAAAGCUUUGUGAAAGAAAAAAACAAGCUGGAUAUAUUCUAUUGGACCGAAGACGAAGCUGAGAAAUCAGAACGCACAAUUCCGCCAUCUUUUUUCAUAAUGGCGUAUAUUAUGAUUGGACCAGCAACAGUCCUUGUGCUUUCGUUGGUUUUGAGGUUACUCACGUGUUCAAAGCAUGCAUUCAACUUAAAAGUUUGGCAGUUCAAAAAUAAAAACAUUGAUAUGGAAGCAGCAUCGUCUUCUUUUAAAAAGGAGUCACAACGUAUUGCAAAAGAAGAACACGAAGAACGAGUAAGGGAAGCAUUAAAAGAUGAAGGUUACGACAUUGAGCAAGUAUAGCAAAAAAAGCAAAUUUGACUUGUGUGUUGCUGAUGUUAUGAAACAUACGAAAACACUUCAGCUACAUUUGUUUGCCAAGUAAAGUCUUGCAAAUGAUAAAUAUUACGGACCAUUUUUAAAGCAUUUAUAACUGAAAGAUGUUCAAUGCACCACAGGAUUAUUUCAAGCCAAGAAUUUUGUGAUUGUCAAAAACAUGCAAAAAUAUCAAUAUGAUAAACUUGCGUAUUAUAAGUAAACUAGUCCUAAAUUUGUUUACAAAUUGGCAAAAAGGCUUGAAAUAAAAGAUCUGUUUAAAUGUAGGGUUUUAAACCUGAUGACGAGUUAUAGAUGAAAACAGAUCGUGUAUUUUAAAAACAUGUUGCAUUUUUGCCUGUCAAUUUUGACGCAUCAGAAGUAACAUUUAAAUAGUUUGGCGCAUGCGUAUUUGCACACCAUAUUUAACUGUGAGUUGUCGUUUAUCACAAAAUUAUAAGUACGUCCUACUGACAAAAAAGUGAAGAACGUAUAAAAAUUAACCGGAAUAUCAAAUUCGUACAUAUAACUGAGUACGUAUAAAACAAAAAGAAAAAAGUGAUUUUUACUGGAGUUCCCCUUUAACAACAAUCUAGAUUAACAUGUGAUAAUUUUAUUUUUUUGCUCACAAUCAAUUUUGUAACGGUGGUAUGAUUAAUUUUGCAACUUUCUUGAAAAUUAUUCCACAAAAUAAAAUUGCUGUGUCAUUCUCGUCCCCAAAACCUCGGUUUAUCUUAGCAAGCUCUGGGGUCGAGAAUGUUGCUGCUGGGUGGUUUUUUAAGCUGAGCGGGAUAACUGCAGGCCGUUGUGUUUUUUUACCCAUCGCAGAAAAGUUCUUUUUUAAAUAAUUCAACAAGUAUGCGACGUAAAUAAACCUACAUAAGGCCGGGGCAAAUCAAGGCAACCUUUUGAGCAACAUUACCCGUCAACAUUUGUUGACAAACAUCUUGACUCGAUUUGUUAUGGGUAUCAACAUGUUUGAGGAAAAAAAAUGAUGAUCAACAUAACUUUUUUAUUAUUAUGAAUUAAUCGUGAAACUGAUUGACCUGUACGAAGAAAACCCUGUCUCUGGGACAUUUCUAUAGAUAUUGCUAUAUCUUACUUGUUAUGCGGAUGGGUGAUUGAUUUUUUUUGUUCGUUUGUUGUGUAUAUUAUUCCCUCUUUACGACAAGAUUCGAAUAUAUUUCUUCGAAUUUA